AUGGAGUAUUACCAUCUUCUGUGGAAUGCCCACGAUGCCAUUUACCUUGCUCGUUGCGUUCCGAACGGAAAAUAUGGCGUUGCAGAAAUUCUGUCUACCCUCGUAAUGGCCAGAAGCGCUACGACCGCCGGAAAACAGAAUGUGGCUACAGUAGAAUUGGGGUUAUUGAGAAAACGAUCUGUUUCUUCUCCUGGUCAAAAUAAACAUAAGAGAAUUAAAGUGUCAGGACAAAUAUUCCAGUAUAUCAUUGUGCUUGAUUUUGAAUCAACCUGUUGGCAUGAUACAAAGCUAAUACCACAAGAAAUCAUUGAGUUUCCUGCAGUGUUGAUGAACACCUCCAAUGGGAAAAUUGAGAGUGAAUUUCAUUAUUAUGUUCAACCUCAAGAGAAGCCAGUUCUAAGUGAUUUUUGUUGUGAGCUAACAGGAAUUUCUCAAAAACAAGUGGAUGAUGGCAUUCCACUGCAUCUUUGUUUGAAAUUAUUCACUCAGUGGUUAGAGAAGUUGUACAAAGAAAAGAAUAUUCAAUAUUUUUCGGCACCUGAACAAAAUUUUAAUUUGUGUACAUUUGUUACUUGGUCAGAUUGGGAUUUAAACUUAUGUUUAAAAAAUGAAUGUAGACGAAAACAACUUCGAAAACCACCAGAACUAAACCAGUGGGUUGAUCUUAGAGCCACAUACAAGAAAUUUUAUGACCGCAAGCCAGAUGGAUUAAACGGAGCCCUUAAAGAUCUUGGCAUUGUGUUCCAGGGAAGAGAACAUUCAGGAGUGGAUGAUGCUCGUAAUACUGCUUGUCUUGCCUGGAGAAUGAUUCAAGAUGGCUGUGUUCUGAAAAUUACGAAAAUUUUACCUGGGGUUCCAAAACAUGUUAGCCUUGCCAAGACACCAAUAAUCAAAGAAAUGCCAAAAUCUCGAAAUGGUGCUCAAGCCAGUAGAUUAGAUAAUGGAAACCUUGGAAAACACAAAGUCUCUGGAACACCUGUACCUACCCAGGGACCAAAUCAAGGAGAGAAAACGAAUACCUCAAACAAAAACCCGCACCCGCGCCCGCGUGGCUCGAUAGUACCCCUGGAUAAGGUGAAGCAAUUUCACAGGGAUGCCGUCCGCCAGCAUAAGUUUCCACAGUGCAUCUCGAUCGACCGAAUCGAACGCAGCUGCGAAGUCGAUGACAGGACCGUUGGGACCGUUGCUCGAAAGCAGAACUGCGAAGGUUUUGGCCGCUACAUCGAGCAGACUGAUUCCCCGAUAGUUGGAGCACACCUUCUUGUCACCUUUCUUAAAGAAUGGCAGCAAAACAGCGUGUCCCCAGUCAUCAGGAACAGUCUCUGUGGUCCACACUGCAUUGAAGACCCUGUGAAGCCACGGAGCGAAGAUGUCGGGCAGGGCCUUGUAGACUUCCGCCGGGAUCCAUCUUCCCUGGGCGCUUUGUUGUUAUGCAGCUGA